GGAGUCAGCUGUGUCAAAUAUUAUCAACAGAGUUUGCCGUCUGCUAUGACAUAAAAUAUUACGUCAGUUUCUGUUUAGAUUUUUCAAAAAAAUGGUUGUCGGUUUUGGUUGAUUGCUUUCCUAUUCCUAUCAUUCUCCUUUUGUCUUUCUUCUUCUAUCUUUUGUUUAUGUCCCACCCAUCACCUUCGGCAACCUUCGGCGCAUCUCUCUCACUCACACUCUCUGAACGCUGCUAGACGAUUCUAGCGAAAUCUGAAAUGGCGUUCUGAACAAUGGAUUGUCGAAAUUCUUGACAGUGAUACGGUUUUCAUUCUAUAUUCAUCCUUAUUCAGUUCAUCUUCAUAAAUAUGUGAUUUAAAAAACAAUUCAAGUGAUUUAAUACCAAAGUAGAAGUUGGUAUUUUUUCACUUGUUUUCUCGGAUUACGGUUAAGCAUUGAAGUAAAAAGUUCUCUAACCUCAAUGUUUUUGUUGGUAAAAAGCAGUAUUUUAAUUAUGUUUAAAUUAGAUUCUAAUUAAAAUUAAGUAUUUAAAACCAAAUUUGUCAGAGAGUGUAUUAAAUAGCUUUAUUCUGCAAAUCUUGAAUGCUUCAUUUGUAGUUCUCUAGAUCUUGAAAGUACAUGCCCCCUGUGUGAGUUGAAUCUACACAAUGGAGAAUGUUAAAUUCUCAGGCGAACCGGUGGUUUAUAUAAAAGAAGAACGAACAAACCUCAGUGCUCUUAAUCCUAUUGAUCUGAAUAUACAAGAUGAAGAAGAUGAAAGCAGUGAUAGAUCAGAACAUAAGGUUUAUUGUUCCUUGACUGUCGUCAACCCUGAUGAAAUAACCUAUGACAGUGUUGGGUCUGAUGAAUUCAACUCCGAUUGGGUUUUUGGCCUCCAAAAUUCAGAAUCUAACCUGCAACCAAUCACGAGAACCAGUGACACUGCACAGCUAUCAUUGGAGAAUAGCAGUGAUGCAUGCUUGAUUGGGCCUGGAGAGCUCAGUAACGACAGUCUUUACAGCAAAUUAGAUAAUAGCAGCAGUGAUAACAGUAAUUACACAUUUUUCCCUCUACCAAACGAAUCAGCUCUAGUCAAUUUCAAUGCCGAGGAAGAUUGGAAUAAAAGCGUUCCUGAACAAAUAAAGUUAGUUCCAGCAGCAAAGAAAACAUUCAUCUGCCCAAAGUGCAACAAAGUAUUCGCAUCUAGAUCAAAUCUAGAGCGGCACAGUGCUGUGCACAGCGAUGUCAAGCCGUUCCAGUGCGUCGAAUGCAAGAAGAUGUUCGCGAGACGUGUGCACCUCGAGCGGCACAAGCUGCUGCACACGGACCACAAGCCGUUCGUGUGCGACAUCUGCAAGAAGGGCUUCACGCAGAAGGGCCACCUCGAGAAGCACAAGAUCGUGCACUCGGGCGUCAAGCCGUUCGAAUGCGCCAACUGCAGGAAGAUGUUUGCUCGCAAGGAGUCGCUCAAGCGGCACAGCGAGCUUCGUAUCUGCGAGAACAAGGUUCUCACGCUAGCCUCUGGCUCUGCCCAACCAACCCAAAAAGUGCCUACAGCCCAGGCCAAACAAACCAAAGUUGAUACCGGUGACAACCGUUCUUAGUCCAAUAUUGUGUUCUUCCUCUAAUCAUUUUCACUUCCCUUUCGCAGUGUGUGCCCUCUUCAUGUAGAACUUCUUGAUGAUGAUUAUAUAUUAUUUAUUUAUGUUGCGGAUUUCAGAGGAUUAUGUUUGUGAUUUUCUCACUCUAUCAAGUCAUUAAUUCUAAGUAGAGGUAUAUAGAAAUGUCUUUUUGUACUGAUAA